AUGCAGGAGGAUAGGACGAAGUUUGUUCUUGUCCUCUAUUGUGGUGGCACCAUUGGCAUGAAGGCCAAGAAUGGAGUUUACAGUCCGGAGCCUCACUUCCUGGAAAAGGAGUUAAGGAGACAGCCGAUUUUCCACGAUCCGCAUUUCCCAACCACCUGCCUACUCCACGAUAAACUGCACUGCGAUAACCUUCUGGUUCUGCCACCGACGAACGACGGCCAGAGGAUUGUAUACGCAGUAGAAGAGUAUGACCCUCUGCUGGAUUCGUCGUGCAUGUCCUAUGAUGACUAUGUGAAACUGGCUAAGGAUAUUUCGGAGAAUUACAAGUUCUUCGAUGGAUUUGUAAUCCUGCACGGGACUGAUACCAUGGCAUUCACUGCAUCGGCCCUCUCAUUCAUGAUCGAAAAUCUGGGGAAACCCAUCAUCUUCACCGGAUCACAAAUCCCGAUCUUUGAACUACGGAGUGUGUGCGUGUGUGGGUGUGCGUGCGUGUGUGUGUGUCAUCAUUCAUCAUUACGACCACCACCGCCGCCAUCACCAUCAUCAUCAUCAUCAGUAAACUGGACAGACGUGUUUCGUUCUGUCGGCAUGAAGAAGUUCCAAGUCUCCACCAGGAUGUGCCCGAAUGUUGGAGUGUUGAGGCUUUUUCCAAAUAUCACCAUUGAGACGAUUCGUUCCUUCCUGAGACCGCCGAUGCAGGGCGUGGUUCUUCAGACUUACGGACAGGGCAAUGGACCGGAUAAUCGACUGGACAUCCUGAAGGCAAUCAAGGAGGCCACUGACCGAGGUGUCAUUGUGGUCAACUGCACCCAAUGUUCCAAGGGCAUUGUCAACCCCAUCUAUGCCGCUGGGAAGGCAUUUUUCGAGGCAGGGGUCAUUUCAGGGUCAGACAUGACAGUCGAGGCAGCCCUCAUGAAGUUAAGUUACCUGCUCGGAAAGGAAGAACUCUCAUUGGCUCAGAGGAGGAAACUGAUCGGAUUAAAUCUCCGUGGCGAGUUGAGUGAGGUUUUGAACGAGGAGGAUGAGAAGGUGCAUGUGUCACUCAUUGAGAACCUCGCGGAUGUCCUCAGACUUGGCACUGGACAUGAAAGACAUCAGCUAGAAAUUGAACUGUUUCCAUACUUGUUGUGCCUGGCGGCGCAUGAAGGCAGUGUCAACACUCUAGAAAAACUUAAGAAAGCCGGGGCCUACUUCAACAUGGCCGAUUACGAUGGGAGAACGCCCUUGCAUAUCGCCAGCUGCAAUGGAGACGUGGAUGUUGUGAGGUACCUCCUAGAGGAGGGGGCCCCCGUCCACCAGAGGGACCGUUUCAAUUAUUCGCCCCUGGACAACGCCCUACAGUUUCGGCAGAAAGAUAUCGUCCCGUUACUGAUUAAGACUGGCGCCCACAUCACCGUCAUGACUCCCAAGCAUAUUAAUAAUUUUAUCUCGUUAGUAAUUAUGAUACUGAAUGAUGACCUCCAGACAGUUGAGAUGUGGUGUGAUGCUGGUGCCGACGUGAAUAUGGGGGGCUUCGAGGGCAGAACCCCACUACACGUGGCCGUCAAUUUCAAUCUGAUUGACAAGGUGAUUAGGUGGUUUAUUGGUUUAUUGGUUGGUUGA